AUGGCGCCGGGGAGCCGCCCUCCACGCCCUCGGGACUGGGUGCAGGAGGAGACCGCGUCUGCUUCAACCUGGGCCGCGAGCUUUACUUCUACCCCGGCUGCUGCCGCCGCGGGAGCCAACGGGUUUGAGCCCCCUCCAUCCAUUGACCUCAACAAGCCCAUCGACAAGCGGAUCUACAAGGGGACCCAGCCCACCUGCCACGACUUCAACCAGUUUACAGCGGCCACAGAAACCAUUUCCUUGUUGGUGGGCUUCUCUGCUGGCCAGGUGCAGUACCUAGACCUCAUCAAGAAGGACACCAGCAAGCUCUUCAAUGAAGAGCGGCUGAUUGACAAGACCAAGGUGACAUAUCUGAAGUGGCUGCCUGAGUCGGAGAGUCUAUUCCUCGCGUCUCACGCCAGUGGCCACCUGUACCUCUACAAUGUCAGCCACCCCUGCGCUUCCACCCCACCCCAGUAUAGCCUGUUGAAGCAGGGUGAGGGCUUUGCUGUCUAUGCAGCUAAAAGCAAGGCACCCCGCAAUCCACUGGCCAAGUGGGCGGUGGGUGAGGGGCCCCUCAACGAGUUUGCAUUCUCACCCGAUGGCCGACACCUAGCCUGUGUCAGCCAGGAUGGCUGCCUGCGUGUCUUCCACUUUGACAGCAUGCUUCUUCGUGGCCUCAUGAAGAGCUACUUUGGGGGUCUGCUGUGUGUGUGCUGGAGCCCUGAUGGCCGCUAUGUGGUGACGGGAGGGGAAGAUGACCUGGUUACUGUGUGGUCCUUCACGGAGGGUCGUGUAGUGGCUCGAGGCCAUGGCCACAAGUCCUGGGUCAAUGCUGUAGCCUUUGAUCCCUACACCACGCGAGCAGAGGAAGCAACAUCGGCCAGUGGUGAUGGGGAUCCCAGUGGUGAGGAGGAAGAGCCUGAAGCCACCAACUCAGACACAGGAGCCCCACUGUCCCCACUACCCAAGGCUGGCUCCAUCACCUACCGCUUUGGCUCGGCUGGCCAGGACACACAGUUCUGCCUGUGGGACCUCACAGAAGACGUGCUCUCCCCUCAUCCCUCUCUGGCCCGUACCCGCACCCUCCCAGGCACACCUGGGGCCACCCCACCAGCCUCUGGUAGCUCUCUGGCUGGAGAGACAGGCACAGGCCCCCUGCCCCGCUCCCUGUCGCGCUCCAACAGCCUCCCACACCCAGCUGGUGGUGGCAAAGCUGGUGGGCCUAGUGCAGCAAUGGAGCCCGGCACACCAUUCAGCAUUGGCCGCUUUGCCACGCUGACCCUGCAGGAGCGGCGGGACCGAGGGGCUGAAAAGGAGCACAAGCGCUACCACAGCCUGGGGAACAUCAGCCGUGGGGGCAGUGGGGGCAACAGCAGCAACGACAAGCUCAGUGGCCCUGCUCCCCGUAGCCGCUUGGACCCAGCCAAGGUGCUGGGCACAGCACUGUGCCCUCGAAUUCAUGAGGUCCCACUACUGGAGCCACUCGUUUGCAAGAAGAUCGCUCAGGAGCGCCUGACUGUGCUGCUGUUCCUAGAGGACUGUAUCAUCACUGCCUGCCAGGAGGGCCUCAUCUGCACCUGGGCUCGGCCAGGCAAGGCGUUUACAGACGAGGAGACCGAGGCCCAGACAGGGGAAGCAAGUUGGCCCAGGUCACCCAGCAAGUCAGUGGUAGAGGGCAUCUCCUCCCAACCAGGCAACUCCCCCAGUGGCACUGUGGUGUGA